GUUGGACUGAGCUCAGUCAGUUUUCUGUCAUUCAAGCUCAACAGCUGACAGCUGCUCUGUUUGUCUGCACGGAGGUGUUUUACACUUAAAGAUCAGACACCAUGGGAGAGUGGGGGUUUCUGUCCACUCUGCUGAACAAAGUCCAGUCUCACUCCACUGUUGUUGGGAAAGUCUGGCUCAGUGUGCUUUUCAUCUUCAGGAUCAUGAUCCUGGGAGCCGGAGCAGAAAAGGUGUGGGGGGAUGAACAGUCAAAUAUGGUCUGUAAUACCAAACAGCCUGGUUGUAAGAACGUCUGCUAUGAUCACGCCUUCCCCAUCUCGCACAUUCGAUUCUGGGUUCUCCAGAUUAUCUUUGUCUCAGCACCAACGCUGAUCUACCUCGGUCACGUCAUCCACGUCAUCCACAAAGAAAAUAAGAUGAGAGAAUACAUGAAGAAUCACCCCAGUGAAAUUGCCAAACAACCAAAGUACACAGACGACAAAGGCAAAAUCAAGAUGAAAGGCAACCUGCUGGGAAACUACAUGACCUCCAUAUUCUUCAGAAUCGUUCUGGAGGUGGCGUUCAUUGUGGGACAGUAUUAUCUGUACGGCUUUGUCAUGAACCCUAGGAUCGUCUGCUCCCGGGCCCCGUGUCCCUUCACCGUAGAGUGCUUCAUGUCUCGGCCCACAGAAAAGACCAUUUUCAUUAUUUUCAUGCUGGUGGUGGCUUGUGUCUCUCUUUUUCUCAACCUGGUAGAAAUCUUAUACUUGGCAUGUUCCCGCUCAUCCAGACGGAGGUCUAAAACUGUGCCAGCCGCUGCUAUUGCCAUGCACCCACGUUUAACUGGUGGCAGUCUUGAAAAAUGAGAAGCUGAGCCUCUGAUGCCAGUCCUAACACAGCCUGAAGGAGACCAUUAAGAUUCACAGAGCAAAUGUAAACAGGCGCAAGGUUGCAAGGAGGUUAGAUGAAGACGUGACUAAUAGUUCUAAUCUGCAAGAGGCUGUGGCUCUCUGAGAGUUAUUUAUUUGUUUGAUGCUUUAAGAUCUCUGAAAAUGAAGCAGAUUGUAGACUUUUCGCAAAUAGAAAUGCACAUAAUAGAAAAUGCACAAAAAAUACAAUGUAUUAAAAUGUCACUUUUAAAUUUGUUAAAAAUUUGAGUAUUGUGGUUUUACUUUUUACAGAGCUGAUGUUUUGUAAAUAUAACUUAUAUAUGGGCACCACCAAGUGGCACCUUAGUUAAUGUGAUCAUUAGCAUCAGUGAGGUUUCUUCUUUUAUGGGCUGAUUGUCAGAGUGUCCUAACUAGGGCACACUGAACUUGACCCAGCUGGUGACACCUCAGCGUCUGUAAAUCAGUUUGUAUUGGAUGAAAGCCAUUAAGAAGCCAUUUCACCUCUCUUUCUGUUUAAAGCUCUGUGUUUGUGCUGUAAGUGCUACUUCUUCUCCCUUUUUAAGACUUAAGACUUAAUGUUAGGUCUGUUAUAACUGUAAAUAUGUGAAGUAAAAUCUGUUUUUAUUUUUACUGUUCAUAUUUGAAAAUGGCUUUAUGAGUGCUGUGUUUGUAACUGAUUAUAAAAUAAAUUAUUUUUAAAAAAG